AUGAAGUGUUUGAACGGCAUAAUCUGUCACAAAAGUGAUUCCCUUUUUUAUGAAGAGCAGAACAUCUCCUGUUCUUCCGUCACAAUAAAUAUGCCGUACGCUCGUCAAUGCCACACGUCUCCACAUCAAUUACUUAUCGAAGUGAAUACAGAGCAAAUGUGUGACUCACAAAUCGAUGUGUUACUUGACAUUAUUGCUCAAUAUAAAGAAUUAACUUCCUUUCCUUAUGUCAGUCCAGUCGUUCACUUCCAAGAGACUUCUUACCCACAACGACUUUAUAUUUUAACUCCACAACCCUUUAACACUUCAAUCCAAAAUUAUUUCGAAGAGAACAACGUCACUCCUUUCGAGCGCAAUUCCUUUCUCUCCUCUUUGCUCGAAAUCGCCUCUAAACUUCAUAAAGACAAAUUCGAGGACAAUAUAUCCGUCGCACCUACUAACUUCUCAAUCGCUCUCUUCGAACAACAGAACUCCCCUUUCCCACAACUCGCUCUCACUCCUCUCUCUUUCAUUCUAAAGAUGUUGUCAAAGCCGUCAAAGUCUAAUUCCCCACAAAACACUUUUAAUAUGAAAAACACGUCGAACUCAACAAAUACUGAAACAACUUGUGAACCAAAGAGUGCAAAGGCUUUUUCAAGAGAAUUGAACACAAUCAUCGACCUUUUUGUCGACGAGAAGACCCCCAAUUUCCCUUCUUUAGUUUGUUUAUUAUUCUUUAUUCUAUUGUACUCUUAUAAUAAUUACUAUCAUACUCUAGAAUAA